AUGAGGCUUAAGAAUGAUAAAGGUGAUAACAGCAGUAAUGAAAUUGCAGAGUUCUCGAAAUGGAUAUUGGCAGUCGGCGAUGGUAGGGUAUCCGAACCAAAUGAUGGAUUGGCUGAUAUAGAGAUCCCUCGGGAAUUAUUAAUUACAGAUUUUGAAGAUCCCAUUCAAGCCAUCGUUGAAAGCACAUACCUGGAUUUGUUGCAAAAUUAUACCCGUCUUGAUUGUUUGCAAGGCAAAGCAAUUCUUGCAUCAACAAUUGAAGUUGUUGAAAAAAUCAAUCAUUAUAUUUUGAGCCUAAUACCAGGAGAUGAAAAGGAAUAUCUCAGUUUUGACGAGAUAGAUAAUACCGAUGCGACUUACACUAAAGCUUACGAAGUUCUAACACCUGAAUUCCUGAGUAAUCUAAGAACAUCCGGUCUAGCGAAUCACAUUCUCAAAUUGAAGGUUGGUACACAAAUUAUGUUGAUGAGAAAUUUAGACCAAUCUCAGGGAUUAUUCAAUGGCACAAGACUUAUUGUUACAAGAUUAGCCAAUCACGUCAUUGAGGCGAGAAUUAUUUCUGGCAAAAAUAUAGGUAACCUCUUUUACAUUCCUCGAAUGUCUGUGUCGCCUUCAGAGUCUCCUUGGCCAUUUAAGUUGAUUAGGCGACAAUUUCCAAUAUUUGUCUCUUAUGCUAUGACAAUUAAUAAAUCCCAAAGUCAAUCCCUUGAUACCGUCAGACUCUAUUUGCCUACUCCCUUCUUUAGUCAUGGUCAAUAA